AUGAAGCUGUACUACUACCUGGUCGUGGCGACCACUCUGCUUUCAAGUUGUGUAGACCUCUUCCAGCCUUUACGCAUUGGUGUCGCUGCCCUGGCCGAGGCCGACACAUUCCCGAGGAGCUUAAAAACUGAGUCUCGGAAUGGCAUCGUCAGCGAAAAAAAAGAAGAAAGAGCGGGAGGGAAUCUCGAUAAGGUGAACGAUGGAGUUAAGACGGUAGCCAGCAAGCUGGCAGACGAAAUGGACGACAUCCUCUGUUUGGUCAAGAUGUUCAAACACUGGAAACAGAUAACAGUGAAAGAGAUUUUCAGAACCCCAGCGGUUGUAGAGUUGGCAAAUAGGCCAAAUGACGAGUUUAUGAGAAUUUUCAACUUGUACGGAGAGUUCAACCUUCUUGGGAAGAAAAGCUUCAUUAAAAAGUUUAAGCGUAUGCAGAAAUAA